GGCACAUACUGUCAUGACUGUGAAACAUGGCUUCCAAGAUUCCGAAUGCAAUGAACUUGAGACAGUUCAUGUUGCGUCAAGAAGUACUCAAACUAUAUCGCCAAAUGAUGCGUUGUGUACGACUUGUUGAUGAUCCAGCUCAUAGAAAGGAAUUGUGGAUAUGGGUUCGUCGAGACUUUGAGAUGAACAAACAUCACCAAGAUGAGGAUGUUAUCCGAAUGCACUUAGCCAGGGGGAAGAAACACUACAAGGAAUUGGAGAGUUCCAUUACUCUGGCAAGAUGAGACUAACAGUGAAAGCUGAAUUAUGAAGAAUAGAAGGAUGUGACUGUCCCAAAUGAGAGGAGAUUCUUUGGAAGAUGAAUCUUCUCCAGGGUUGUGAUUCUCACCUCUAGACGACUAAAAAAACUGGAUUGAGCCCUGGUCUUCUGUGCUGUUCGUGACUGCGAGUCACUUCAUGCUCCGUCCUUGAUUGAAAGGCAGCUCAGAGACUGGGACAAGUGAUACAUUGGUUAACUUCACCCAGUGCAGGCAUGUUUAGUCUUUGAUUUGAUUCAAAGACUUUAGCAGACUUAAUCUAUGGAUUUAAGAGACUGUGCAGUGUAGAAGAUCAGUGUGUGGUAUCUCAUCCUGUGCUCCUGUGCUGUGGAAUGAUCUCCCCCAGCAUUUGAAACUCUCAGCUCAAGACUUGGUUGUUUCAGGGCCACUUUAUGUGGGUCUUGCCUGGAUCGGGCCUUGAAAAGGCGCUAUACAAAUGUAUAUAAAUACAAUACAAAUGUAUAUAAUCAUUUAUUCAUCAUCAUUUAUUUUAUAGGAUAUGUUGUACAGAGUAAAUUAUAUAUAUCAUUGUCACAA